GUGACUGAUUCUUCAGCCCCUUCACAAAUGAUAAGCAGCAGCCGUGGGAAAGUCAGGAGUGCAAGUGGCUCAGAGAAGCUCUGUACGGAACCUGCAGCUGUGUUGGGACCGGCCUCAAGGAUGUCUGUGCUCCAAGGUGAAACAGUAGAAGACCAAGUCCUGCCACCUGAGAAGGAGCCAUCUGAGAAAAGCUGUUGCCACUAUCUGAACAUGCCAGCAUCCCUGUGUGAGCCCAGGAACCAAGUGGAGAUGGAAUCCAGAGAAAGGCAAGUUCCCUCUGCAUCCUCCGAGCCUGUUUCUCUGAGGCCAGAAGACUCUGACUUCUUGCCAUCUGUCAGACUUGCAGGCAUCUUGUGCCUUGUUUUUAUCCUUGUCUCUCUCUUCCUGGUUUACGGCAAUCCUGGCCAAGUGCCCUUUAACCACUGCAGGGCCCUCAGCUCCAAUGGAGUUUGUUCACUGGACUAUAAACUCAGCCCAUUUCGUCUUCUCUUCCCAAGCCAGCCGGAAACGACAUGGCGCGCCCUCCAGCGCAGCGUGAGUGACCUGCGUUGGGCUGACCAUCCUGAGGGGUUUGGGGUCUCUUUGGUGGCUGUUGGGCUGGGGGAGGUGAGGAAUACGCUCUUUUGUCUCUCAAAAUGGACCCUUUCCUUGCUGGCCACAGGACAAGGUCUGCCUCAUUCAGUGAGAGUCCAAAUACUAGACUACAAGAGUACUCAGUUGCCUUGGGGAGGGUACCCAGAGGCUGGGACAUACCUCUCCAUUAUUUAUGAGAGGGAGAAGUUUGCACCUUAUGGCAUGACUGUGGCCAUACAGCGCUCAUUCGAUGGGAGCCCCUUUGCCACCGAGACCACCCUUGCCCUCCUGAUGAACAGCACGGUCCAGGCUGGAGAAAAUUCCCUGCACAACUUGACAUCCAGCAUCGUGUCCGAUAUUUUAAACAGCAUCUAUCGCACGGGCAGGGUACCGAACAAGUUGUGGGCCACAGCUAGGAGCCUACCUGUGCUCGUCAUAAGGCCUGAACCAUAUCUGGAAGGUGGUUUUAUUUGCUGAAGAUAGGUGAUCUACUGGGCAUGCCUUCAGGAGCCACCGUCAUUGGGUCUGGCUGUACCUCUCAUGCCCAAGAUAUGACACCUUUUAAAAAGGGGACCCUGUUUAGCUCUUUGAACAUGCUGGGUGCGACCAUAUGAUGAUACUAUCAUGGGCCUGCCUGUGAACGGUACAGCAUGUCACAGGUUAAAACAGCCUAACAGGCUGUGUGAAGCUUGGCAGAGCAGUGGAUACAACUGUCACCUCUUCCUCUCUUGGAAUUCAAACCUGGACAACCAAUGGUCUUCACCAUUCUUGGUCCUGCUCUCCAGAAGCCCCGUUCUCCAGACUUGGCACAGCUGGUGCCUUGGCUCAGGACUCUGCUAGCAAGCUGUUGCUUUUAUUCCAGCUUUCCUGAGGAUCACAACGAGGCAGGGAAGUGUCUGUGGGAGUCAGACCUUUGACUACUCAGUCUGACAAGACUCUGCUUCACUGCUUUUGAAACGCACCAUGAGAACAAGUGAUGCCGAUGAACAAUGUGGGCUGACUCUGUAGCUGCUGUAAAUCUGUCACACGCCAUUGAAGUCCACGGAUCUACAUCCAUUAACGUCAGCUGAGGGGCUGGCCCUGUGACUGUACAGAACUCCUAGGGACUUUCCACCUCUGGAAGGAGGCGGGACAGAAAUUCGCAGGAUGUGUCUUGCUUGGUGGAUAAUGCUGCUUUGUGGCGGGAGAAGGGCUGCG